AUGGUGGGAGGACCGAAACCCGUGACCGUGCACUCGCGCGCCGGCAUCAAUCUCCAAGGCCUCGGAUAUGAGCCCUCCUGGUGUAGCAUCCCCUUCGAUGGCUACGAUGGCAUGACGCAGCUUCAGUUCCAGGAGUCGAACGCCCCCUACGUUCGCCAUGGAGGGGAGGUGCCAUCGUACGUUCCACCCGGCUGGCGCAAGGUGGAGAGUAAAAAGCCAGGCAAGCACUUCUACGUGCACAUGGCGUCAGGGACCAUCACCCACGUGCCGGUCGACAUCUACGAUCCCAAGGCCCGGCAGUGGGUGGACGUGGAUGCCUCCAAAAGGGACAAGAAGGUUGAGAGGGACAAGAAGGCCACAAGGUAA